AUGCCGAAUAACGAUCAAGAAACACCGCCAAUGGAUGUCACCAUAAUGACAGGAUUAGUAUCCAGCAUAAAUGCUUUAAAAGCCGCCGUGGAAGAACUUAGAAAAGAUACUGCCGAGAGCCAAACCGCCAUCAAAGAUCUCAGCAUCCAAGUAGAAGCACUGCCCAUUCAAAACAGAGACUCCUUGGACACGUCUGCUGACCAUUUCUCAACGCCACCGGUAGGUAAUAAUCUCCUUAUUCCAGCAGGUGAUUUGACGAGCACACGAAUUUACGAUCUGCCAACCUUCUCUGGAAAUGCCGAGGAAUGGCCAUUAUUUUUUGCGAGUUUUGAGGAUACCACUGAGGCCUUCAAAUACAGCAACAGGCAAAAUUUAAUGCGCCUUCAAAAAUGCUUAGUUGGUGCAGCAAGGGAAGCGGUAGUAUCAAUGCUCAUUUAUCCAAGUGAAGUGCCGAAAAUCAUCGAUGAGCUACAGUUCACGUUUGGAAGACCCGAACACAUGGUUAGGUAUCAGCUUAGUAAGAUCAAAGCCAUACCAAUUAUACCAGAAAAUAAAAUCGAUCAAAUUGUGGUAUAUUCGACCAAAGUUCGAAAUGUGGUGUCGUUCCUAAAAGCGUCAAAAUGUGAACGACAGCUUUCAGAUCCAAAUCUCUUGGACGAACUUGUUGUAAAGUUGCCGACCAGUAAAGAAUUUGAAUGGAUCAAACACAGUCUGGAUAUAAAGCCGUACGCAUCGAUCGAACACUUUUCAGCUUGGCUGAGCACACUAGCCAGAAUAAUGGGGAAAAUGCCACCACCACUCCAAAGUACUUCCAGAUUGACUCCUCAAGUGGCACAACGUAGAGUAAUGCAUGCAACCGAAACAGUAGCAAGAGAAUUUAAAUGCUGCCACUGUGGAUUAAAUCAUAAACUUGCCAAUUGUGAACAAUUUAAGACGGAUCUAAACGUUGAGGAUCGUUGGACCAAAGUUAAAGCCAAUCAACUGUGUUUCUCGUGCUUGAACAAAGGCCACAGUUCAUUAGUAUAUGGUAUGAAAAAGAUCUUUGGCAUAUCAGGAUGCAGGAGAUACCAUCAUCACAGUCUUCAUGAAGAAAUUCCCCAAUCAAGAUUAAACGCACAGCCAAUCUUGAAUUGUGACACACCAGAUGACACCGGUCAGAUGUUUAAGAUUUUGCCGGUUACCUUGUAUGGUCCUACAGGCAAAAUAGAUACCUACGUAAUGUUCGAUGAAGGCUCAGCUAUAUCCCUUAUGGAAGAAGAUACAGCCGUGAGGCUUGGACUGAAAGGUCAACAUGAGCCUUUGAAAUUACAAUGGUAUGGACAAAAGGUAACUACGGAAGAAUCUCGAAAAGUUAGUCUGGAAAUCGAAGGUCUAGAAGAAAACCAGCGUUUCAACAUCAAAAAUGUAACAACUAUUAAAAACCUCAACCUACCUGUCCAGUCAUUUAUGAAGUCGGAUUACAACUACCCCAAGUUCUUACCACUUCAGGAGUACACCGAGGCCAGACCAGUUAUAUUGCUAGGAUUAGACUAUGUUCAUCUUAGUGCUUCAUCAACAGUUGUAGAAUCUGGCCAAACAACACCGAUCGCCGCAAAAACUAAGCUAGGCUGGGUUGCUUACGGACCAAGAACAACAACUCCAAAUCCUAUGUUCCUUCACAUCCGCCAAAGAGACACCAACUUAAAUCAAAUCGUGACAGACUUUAUUGCAACAGAAAACUUUGGUGCAAAUGAAUCGUGUCCAAUUCCUGAGUCAACGCAAAACAUUAAGGCCAAAGAAAUAAUGAAAAAUACUACCAGAAAAAUCGGCAAACGGUAUGAGAUCGGGUUGCUUUGGAGGGAGUUUGUGCCUACACUCUUUAACAGCUUCUCGAUGGCACUGAAACGCCUUAUCAGCAUAGAAAAAAAGAUGAGCCGAGAACUCGAGUUUGCCGACAGGUAUCGUGAAGGUAUAAGGAAAUAUGUUGACAGUGGAUAUGCUAGGAAACUAUUCGAAGACGAGAUAAACAACACAAGGCAUGCAGUAUGGUAUUUGCCGCAUUUUGCCGUUCAAAGUCCGCAUAAGCCAAAUAGAGUGCGAAUAGUGUUUGACGCCGCUGCCACUUCUCAUGGCAUUUCACUUAACUCUGUUUUGUCUAAGGGACCCGAACAGGCAAAACCACUCAUCGGCAUAUUAUUCCAGUUUCGUCAAGAUGUCAUCGGAGUCGCAGCUGAUAUAAGGGAAAUGUUCUCCCAAGUUCGCAUCAUUCCCGAGGAUCAACAUGCACAGCGUUUUCUGUGGAGGGAUGGUGACCAGAAUAAGCCAGUCCAACAAUUCGCAAUGGUGUCAAUGAUUUUUGGAGCAGUUUGUUCACCGUGUUGUGCCGAAUGGAUAAAGAACAUCAAUGCCAAACGAUUUGAAGACACGUAUCCCGAGGCGUCUGCCGCAGUCAUUGGUAAGCAUUAUGUCGAUGAUUUUGUAUGUAGCUUUCCAAAUGAAGAAGAAGCCGAACGAAUUUGUAUACAAGUCACCAUCAUCAAUGCAGAAGCAGGGUUCCAGCUACGUAAUUUUGUUUCUAAUUCAUCAAAGUUAGAAACAACAAUGAAUGGAGUGGCCAUUACUGAAUCGAAGAAAAUCAGCAUGGAACGUCAAGCUACAUCGGAAAAAAUUCUUGGAAUGUUCUGA